AUGAGCAGGACUUUAGAAGAGCGGUUGGCUAAUCAUUCCGAUGCGUUUAGUGGACUUCUAUCUUUGAUUCCCGCCAAGUACUAUUACGACGAUGAUACCAAGAACCAAUGGAACCGCAAGAAACAGACCAAGGACGAGGCCAAGGCCAGGAAGCGCGCUAAAUUCGAUCCGUCGUCGGCUUCGACUGCGCUAGAUAUCGCUAAAGAGCGUGAGGGCGGUGAGACUGAUGCCAGUGAAAAUGACGACGAUGAACAGGAGGAAAAUGAGGACGUAGAUGAGGAGGAUGAGGAUGAGGAAGAAGAAGAGGAUGAAGAGGAGGAAGAGGAGGAAGAAGAAGAGGGGGAGGUGGUGGAAGUGCAGGAUGAGGUGCCCCAGGAGCAAGUUAAUGGGAAAUUGGAGAAUGGAAGCCAGUCCGACGUAGCAUCUAAGAAUAAUACCAAGGCCAGCAAACCGGCUGCUAAAAAGAAUGACAGUGAUGAAGACGACGAGAACGACGACCUUAUAGGAUUCGACGACGACGGCAACGAGCUGAGAAUGCCAGCUCCAGAACCACAGGCCACUGACCUCGCACCUGCGACGGCCAGUGGUGCUAAAAAGGUCGAUGAACAAAAAAUAGCCGAACUACGGUCUAAACUGGCAUCUAAAAUUAAUGAAAUGCGUGAGAAGCGCAAGGCUCCAGGCACCGGUGUCAAGGGAGCUCCUUUAAACAGAGAAGCUAUUCUUGAAACGCGGAGACAGCGUCAAGAGGCAGCUAAGGCCAAGGCUCAACUCAAGAGAAAAAGAGACGAUGAUGACGAAGAUUCGGAUAGCAAUGACGAUUUGACGGACGAUAUCGACGACGACGACGACAACGACAACACCAGUGGUGGAUCCAGUUCGAAACUGGUCUUUUCGCAGGUGGUGUUUAAAGACGGACAAAAAGCUACAGGAGAUCUGACAGAUCUGGCACAACAAAAAGCCAGAAAAGGACCCAGAGAUCUUCUUGGCCAGAUCAAGCAUCUCAACAGCAAGAAAGCGAAAAUUGCAUCUCUCGACAAAGAAAAACAGGCUGAAAUCGCCGAAAAGUCGCAGUGGUCACGAGCCAUUCUGCAGGCCGAGGGUGAAAAGGUCCGUGAUAACGAAAAGCUCCUGAAAAAGGCUCUUAAACAACAGAACAAAAAGAAAAAGAAGUCCGAAAAAGAGUGGCAGGAACGAAAAGACAACGUUGCCAAGGGCAUCCAAGCCCGUCAAGCCAAACGUGAAGAAAACCUCGCCAAACGCCGCGAAAUGAAAGGUGUCAAGGGCAAGAAGCAGAAAAAGGCUCUCAAAAGAGCCGGCUUCGAAGGCGGCAAAUCUAAAUCAAAGUUCAAAAAGGGUUCCAAGAAGUAA